UUUCCCCGUGUUGCUUGCUAUAGUCACAGCGUUUUAACUUUAAGUGAUUUUUUUUUUUUAAUCUCUUCGUCUAGUACGCCUCAUAAUAAUUUUUGUGUCUCUGUCAGUGAAUUUUGGUAUCUUUUUUUUCAUUUCUAUCCGAAGUGGAUAGUAAUGACAUCGCUUUACAUGUGUGUGUAGAUGAAUUUCUGUUUCAACGGCCGACUAAUCGGCUAUGACAUCGUCACCAAGAAGUUGACACUCGGAACAAACGAGCUCGUCUGACGAUGGCAAAAUUAGAGAUCAAAAGCAAAUUUGACGCCGAGUUCCGUCGUAUUUCAUUGCCCAAAACGGAAGUUGGCACGUACGAACACUUUAGAAUUCUGAUAGAACGGCUUCACAAGUUAAUCGAAGUACCGUUUGUAUUGUCAUAUACAGAUCCAAAAGAUGGAGAUCUUUUACCUAUCAAUAACGAUGAUAAUCUAGGACGGGCAGUUUUAACAGCAAAACCAUUACUUAGGAUUAUUAUUCAGCGCAAAGGUGAAAGUCUUGAAGAAUUAAAUGGCUAUGGUACCUAUAGACCUCGCAAUAUUAUAUCAUCAAUUUUGGGUGGUACACCUAGUAAAGCAAAACAUCUUUGGAUAUCAAAUCCUCAGGAUUUUCGACAAGUAUCUGCUAUUAUUGAUGUAGAUGUAGUUCCAGAGACCUGUAGACGAGUUAGACUUCUUAAACAUGGUUCUGAACGACCAUUAGGUUUUUAUAUUAGAGAUGGUACCAGUGUCCGAGUUAGUCCUUCUGGUGUAGAAAAGGUUCCUGGUAUUUUCAUAUCCAGAUUGGUCCCUGGUGGUUUAGCUGAAAGUACUGGACUAUUAGCUGUUAAUGAUGAAGUUUUAGAAGUAAAUGGUAUUGAAGUAGUUGGAAAAACUUUAGAUCAGGUCACUGAUAUGAUGGUAGCCAACAGUCAUAAUCUAAUUGUUACUGUGAAGCCAGCUAAUCAGCGAGCCACAAUGUUAGCACCACGACGUGGGUCGCUAUCAAGAACGUCACAGCUAUCAAGUGGAUCACAACAAUCGGCUCACAGUGCAGCUACUACAGUUAAUACCUCCGAAGAAGAUGACCAAGAUGAAGUAGUAGAUUUAACUGCAGGAUUAAGUUUACAGGUAGCCAAUGAUUCUACUAGUACUAUAGAACAAGAGAAGAAUACAUAACAUUUACUCAUUUUGUAUUUUUAAGUUACAAACUAAGUGUCUUCAAAAAUCCAGCUUAUAGAGUAGCUAUUAUUAGUUGGUAGGAUAACUCCAAAAGAAUUCCAUCAGCAUUCCAAAAGAAUAAAACUAUAUGUAGUUUUAUUUUUAAUACAGAUCAUUUGUCUUCCACUUCAUGUUUUAAAAUGUUUAUCGUUGUAGUUAAGUAUGUGUAGUUUAUAAAAAGUUAAACUCUAAUCGUCAAUACUAUAAUAUUACAGGGUGAAAUAAUAAUACAAUUAUAUGCCAUAUAUAAUCUACAACUUAAAAUUGUCUAUAACAUUAAAUUCUAAAAAACAAUUAAAACUAUUGUUUAUAUUAAAAUGUCUAUUGUGCUGACAAUUAAAUGGUGAAACUUUUAAUAUAUUUUU